GCACAGUAGGACAGAGAAGAAGAUGAUGAAGAUGAACAGGAGUACAGAGAUGAAGAUGAUGAAGAUGAACAGGAGUACAGAGAGGAAGAUGAUGAAGAUGAACAGGAGUACAGAGAGGAAGAUGAUGAAGAUGAACAGGAGGACAGAGAGGAAGAUGAUGAAGAUAAACAGGAGUACAGAGAGGAAGAUGAUGAAGAUGAACAGGAGUACAGAGCGGAAGAUGAUGAACAAGAGGACAGAGAGGAAGAUGAUGAAGACGAACAGGAGGACAGAGAGGAAGAUGAUGAAGAUGAACUGGAGUACAGAGAGGAAGAUGAUGAAGAUGAACAGGAUGACAGAGAGGAAGAUGAUGAAGAUGAACAAGAGUACAGAGAGGAAGAUGAUGAAGAUGACCAAGAGGACAGAGAGGAAGAUUAUGGAAGUGCACAUGAGGACAGAGAGGAAGAUGAUGAAGAUUAACAGGAGUACAGAGAGGAAGAUGAUGAAGAUGAACAGGAGUACAGAGAGGAAGAUGAUGAACAUGAACAAGAGGACAGAGAGGAAGAUGAUGAAGAUGAACAGGAGGACAGAGAGGAAGAUGAUGAAGGUGAACAGGAGGACAGAGAUGAACAUGAUGGUGAACAACAGAGAGUCGGAGAGGAGAAAAGCCAAGAUCGAGAUGAAGACUCAAACCUAUUGAAGAAACAGCAAGAUGACGAUCCUGUAUACCCUGGUGCUCCUCUCAUAAAGGGACAGAGUCUACUCCUACUCAUGUCAUAUUUACUGAGGCACAAUUUGACAGGUGUAGC